AUGCAUAAAUCUUCAGGCAAUGAUGCUUGCCAUGGGGAUGAAGACGAGGAUGCAGCUGCAUCGCCUCGACUGGAGCUGCCUGCACCACCCUCCCUAGCUGCACCAGCUCAUGAGAGCAUCACAGGCACAUCCCUGGAGCCAGUUGGAAAUGGAGGCCCUGAGGAGAUGAUGUUGGUGAUGCUGCGGGUGCUGCGGGUGCAGCUAGAGGUGAGGCAGCAAAACAGAGAGCUGCAUCAUGAGCUGCAGCAGCUGAGGCACGAGGUACGGGACAUGUCUGAGAGGCUACAUGAAAUUGAGUCUCUCGACAGGACCCGUACCAUGCCUCAACCUGCCCAGCGUACGGUGCCUGUAAGUCUCGCUCGGCUGCCUGCCAACAGCUUGGAGGAACUGGAGGCAGCCGAGGCAGCGGUAGGCGAUGAGGCUGUGGCUGCCACCUCGGAGGCCCAGUCGAGCCCACAGGCUUAGGAAGGUGGGAUUCGAGAAACGCAGGCUUCUUCGAAGGUCUUCCCUACUGCCUGCUUGGGGAAAGACAUGAGAAAUUACAUACCCGGAUGACUGACCAAAUAUUGUAGGCACUCAUCACUUGGAGGAAAGAGGUCGUGGAGUUCAUACAUGUUCCUUAGUGCCUACCUAGCAGCCACGAUUAUGGGAACUGUUAAAUAAAGCGGGCUCCCCAAACGCCUCCUUUUUUCAUCGCUUACUGCACCACUGACAGCACUA